AUGGAGAUCCAAGGUAUAUUGGGGUCCACUGAUGAAAGUAGUGAAGAAGAAGGAAAUAAAGAGGCAGAGACCAAAAAAGAGCAAAACAACAAAGAAUUCAGAUGCAAUGAAUGCAAUUUCAAGACAAGGUGGAGGUCCAGCUUGUACCGGCACAGGAAGAUUCACAGUAACUCUUUGCUACGUUGCGACCAGUGUGUUAGCAAAUUUCAGAACCAAUCCAAACUACAAGAACAUAUUCGUGCAAUGCAUGGUGAUGGUCUCAUUUGCUCCCAUUGUUCAAAUACUUUUCACAGUAGAAAUGGGCUCCGCCAGCAUAUGAAAACAGUGUCAGGUGAUUUUAAAUAUAAAUGUGAUAUCUGUCACAAAACUUUUAACAUGAAGAGCCAUUUCACUGGUCACUUGAACACCCAUAGAGGAUACAAACCAUAUGAAUGUCAAAAAUGUAGAAAGGCAUUUACGUACAAGUGCACAAUGAAGGAUCACAUGGUUAACUGUGGUAAGAGUACAUCUAUCUCAUGUAAGAGAUGUGGAAUAGAGGUGUCCAGUAAAGCCGCUUUAAAACACCAUACAGAAGGUUAUCACGGCAAUGUAGUAUACAGAUGCAGUGAAUGCUGUAAGUCGUAUAACUGGACUGCGAGUUAUUACAGACACAUGAAGAAACACAACAAGUAA